CUCUCCCACGCCGGAAGUAGGCCACGCCGAAGCCGGCGCGUAGAGCUCUGCCGCCCGGCCCGGCAGUCGUCAUGGUGGGUCCACCUGGCGGCGGCGGCUUGGAGAACGCCAAUCCGCUGGUCUACCGGCGCCAGGGCGAGCGGCCCACCACGGCGCGCGAGCAGGACGAGGAGCUGACCGACGCCAUCGACGACCGCGAGAUCUUCGAUCUCAUCCGCGGCAUCCACGACCCCGAGCACCCGCUGACCCUGGAGGAGCUGAACGUGGUGGAGCAGGUCCGCGUGCAGGUGAGCGACGCCGAGAGCGCCGUGUCGGUGGAGUUCACCCCCACGAUCCCGCACUGCAGCAUGGCCACCCUCAUCGGUCUCUCCAUUAAGGUGAAGCUGAUCCGCUCCCUCCCGGAGAGGUUCAAGGUGGAUGUCCACAUAACACCUGGAACACAUGCUUCUGAGCAUGCAGUAAACAAGCAGCUUGCUGACAAAGAGAGAGUAGCAGCCGCCUUGGAGAACGUGCAUCUGCUCCAGGUGGUGAACCAGUGCUUGUUGGGACGAUCGUAACGUGCGUGCGUCUCUGCGGGGGCCGUCUUCAAGGUGCGGUGGAGGUCAGCGUCUUGGUGUAGAAGGGUCUCUCUUACUGGUCUUCUGCCUAUGUCUAAGUAAAAAAAAAUCUAGUUCUUUAGCAAAUAAAAGUGAAUUCUGCCCUUUUUAAACUUUUUCGGUUGGGUUGGCAAUAAAUGUGAUCCUGAAAAUGCUUAUGUGAAAGUUGGAAAUACACUAUUUGGAUAGAGGAAAAUGCUUAUAAUAACUAGUCUUACCGAGCUAAAUGUUUAAAACUGGGUUGAGCGAGCCUACUUCAGUAUGUUUCCCAUUCAAAGGCCUGUCGUGUCCUUGGGGGUCUCCAGCCUCUUGGGGCUGACAGGUGGAUUUGGAUUUUGCUGACUAUCAUGGUGCUGCCACAGCUGCAGGCUGGCUUGCCGGGGUGUAUGGCCCAAGAAACCUGAGCGUGGAGCAGAACUGGGGGAAAGCUCUGAAAGCUGUUCCUUGGCACUGAGGAUUCACCCACGCUGUGGCCAAAUUGACCCAGCGCUCUGGAAAACACAGCUGCUAUGACAUGCCAUGACAAAAGAAACCUGGUGCAGCUUCACACAAUGGCCUGGAUCCCCCAUUAUGCUAAAGCAUAAAUGCUUGCCUCUUUUUCCCCCAAGAUCAGCUCCCCCAGUGUUCUCUCACGCUUGCUUCCUUCCCAGUGGGGUUAUCAUUGUGGGUGUUCCUAAACCCUUCCUGUGAUUCUCAGCAGUGUCCCCACCCCAGCCUCUGCUUUCUCCUCCUCCCACUCAUGGGGUCGCCCUGUUACUUCCUGGGCUUUGGAACAGCCCAGCCCUUCAUCUGGCUUCUCUCCCAAAGCAGCCUCUGGGGUGGGGUGGGGUGGUCUCCUAAGAAAAGCCAUAGGGGCCAGCGGAAUAAAGGCAAGCAGCACAUGCCCAGAGGCCAUCUACGCUCUGAAGAACUUCCAGCAGCACAAGGUACCAGCGAGGAGGCUGUUUAGAAACUAAUAAAUUGAACCCCUUUGAAAGGGAUUCAGUGGAAUUCCCAUCUCAUUUUAUAUAUGGGUGCCAGUCCAUUUCCCGUGGUUGAAAACAGAAUACAUCUGCCAGUAAACAUUAUCUGGAUAAUGAGUGCUCUGUCAAUGUUAUCAUUAGAUUGUUUUAUGAUACUUCAACAUUGGUUAAUUAUGGUGGUGGUAUAGAGGUUUCAUCGUGUUAAUUUGAAUAUUGGUUAAUUAUGCUACAGCGUUAUUCCUGGGGAUGUUCUGAUUGGUUCUGUUGACCAUUACCUACCUGGGAAGUUUUACUAUUGAUUUACGAUUGUAAACCCUUGCAAGUCCCUGGCAGAUUCAGCAUAUUCAGAUGAAUAAAGGAAUGCAACAAAAUCACACAAA